AUGGCAAACCCUGCGCCUUUGGACGGAAAAGAAGAUGAGGUCAAAAGCCAUGUCUUGACCCAUUUGCCUGGCACUGUCUGCACGGAGUGUGGUGCAAAAGACUAUCCUCUGAACACGCUGUUCCCAGAUGUGAACCCUUUGGCAGUUGGGUUUCCUGACAUGGAACGCUACUUACCAUUAGUCCUGGCUCUCUAUGAUGUCUCCCCGAUGGGAGAAUAUACUGUUGGCUUCUUGGAAAAGAUCUUUGCCAACAUUGACCGUGAGUGUGAUUUCAAGCUCAGCAAAUGCCGGUAUCUUCGAGAUAGGGCAAAGUGGGCAAACACGGAAGCAUAUGCGCUCUUCGCCAUCCUUGCCUACAGUCGACGAUACUGGAGGAGAAGCAUGAAAAAAAGGACCGUCAAUGACAUUGCAGCACAACUGCAAGCUGUAAUGCAAAGGAGUCCAAAAAAGGCUCGUCACGUGGUCACUAAAGAUUCAGAAGCUCCCUGCCUCGUCGACAAGGGAUUGAACGAGAACGACGGAGGCAACCAGGUUCCUCCAGUGGAGAUCGAGGUGUGGGAAGUAUCUGAUGACGAUGGAGAAGAACACUCUCCGCCCUCUUCGAAUGGAGGACCGAAUGCUAAUGCACCAUCUCGUGUCAGCAACCAGGUGGCGAACCAUGAAUUGCCAGCGGAGAAGGAAACUGAGACUGAGACUGUAUGCUAUCAAACGUUCGCUGAUGACCAGGCUCGUCAACCCGUUGAAAUCGAACAAACCCAACGUGCUGGAAUCGACCAGGCAGUGCCCGACACUUUCUUGGAGGAAACCUUGUGCUACGCCAACUGCACAGUGGAAGAGUCUCAGGAGUAUGCGACCGCGCCUGGUUUGGAGACCUGUGACAGCUCUCAGGUCCACGCAAACCACCUCACGUUGAACGAGGUACCUGACCAAAGCAAAGAGGGUGCUGCAGCGAGUGGUUCUCAUGAUGAGGCGGAAGCACCUAUGAUCUCAGUAUCUCCGGAAUUGCCGGUUGAUGAAGACCCUGCUUCUCGAUUGGGGACGGCUCGCAUAAUUGUGCUUGACGAUGAGGAUACUGACCAUGGGGACGAUGGGACUACUACUAUGGAUCGUCUUGGCCAAGAAAUGGCCAGUUUGUCCAUGCAAAGCGACGGAUCGUGCUACCCAAAUGCAUCAGAUGGUUGGUGCAUUUUCCAAACAUCACCCGUGCAACAAGUGAUUCUUCCAAAUGUCAUGACUAGAGCGUCGACGACGGCGACAGUUGAGGAUCCACGCCUUGAGGGAAACCAUGGUGGUCGAAGCAAGGCCUCAGCCCAGGAGGAGAUUUGCAUGAAGGUUCUCCAGAUCUUGCAACGGGAGAACUUCAAGAUUCGAGAGGGGGGUGAGCUCCAUUCGUUUAUGGAGAAGUACGUGCCGAACAUUCGAAUCCCUGUCGGUAUGUUUGGUGGACCACCCUCUUCAUCUUUCACAUCUUCGAAGGAGAACACUCAAGCCAGUGCAGCGCUCGAGGAUCAGCCUACAAAGAUGUCCGCCCUUGUUGAAGAUGCUCAUCCUGGGGUCUUGGUGAGUGAUGCUGCCAGACCACUUCGACUUCGACGUUUGCGGCCUUUGGUUGGGACAAGCCAUGACGAGGACCAGUGCAAGCGUUCCCUGGCUGACCAAAUGGAGCUUGUGGCCAAAGAUGCUGGCGGCACGCGAUGGCUGGGGCAGAGCCAGGUCUUGGAGCGCUAUGGCAAAAGCCAAAGCUUGGAGGGCUUUGAACGCAUCGCACACCCUGAUGCUCCUGACAGCCGCGAGGCUGACCUAUACCAUGUCGAGGAAACUUCAAAGGACCAUGCAAGCAGGACCGCUCCUGAAGACAAUGCUGAGAACAAUUGGGAGGACUUGGUUCGAAAGGCCAAAGAAGCAGCACCCAUGCUGGCCCAACCCCAGGAGGAGGAAACGUGGAAGGACCUGGUUCGUCGGGUUGGGCCAAAGCACGCACUUUCAGUUCAAAUGGAACGAGAGGCCAUGGAGGUGUUGUCUUCACAGCCAGUGACGGCGGCUGCUGAGGGAGCUUCAAGUGGCACAAAAGAUGCCAAGAAGAUCAAGAAGUACCAAUUGCCUCCUCAACCUUCUUUCGUCGAUGACAUGAAGGCACUUGCUGAAGGUGAGGAGCCACCAGUCUAUGCUGAACAGGGCCGUGACAUUGGAAAAACUCGAGGCAGGAAGCCAAAGAGAGAUUCAGGCAAACGCAAGCCUGAGGAAGAAGAUGAACCUGUGGCACCCAAACGUGCCAAGAGGCGAACAAGGGCGGCUUCCCGUGCAAAAGCCGUGGAGAAAGGAAGUGGUGCAGCAUCCAGUUCGAGGAAGAGGGCAAAGCCUUCAGAUCGAGCCUCUGCAGAGUCUGGGGCGAAGCGACGCAGACCUGCGAAGCAGGCAGGCAACCAGGUGGACAAUGGCUCAUCAAUGAGCCCUACGGCUGCAAGUUCUGCAAGAUCUGCACGGAAUGGAUCGAGAGCUGCAAAGCUUCCACCAAGCCAACCUGCAGCAGCCGGUGAUGGAUCAUCGGAGCAGCUGCCGGUUCCCCAUGGACCACAGAGGAAGCCCCCCGACCAUGUGACAUCGAACCAUGUGUACAGCAGUGCCCAUUCAAAGCACCGCCACCUGGGGGCUGAGGCUGCCAGGGCUGCUGCCAAUGCAGCAACCCGUUUGUUUCGCGAGACCGGCUACGUCGAUGAUCUUUGUGGAGUGUUUCGAUCAAGUCCAAAGAUCAAAAAAGACGAUGCCCAACCUGAAUCUGUGAAGGCAAAGACCUGCAAAGCAGGGGAGCCAUGA